AUGCGCGCAACCAAAGUAGUAUUUCGUCUUCUCAAUAUAUAUCACAAUUGCUUGUCACUGACGAUUAUUCGAACAGUGGCUGCAGGGAGUCGUUAUCUUAGAGAAGAUACAGAUAAUCUGAAACGUCAGACAACAGCAAACGAUCCCCAGCGUCGCAUAGCCUUUAAUCAGAAAUGUGCCGGAGUUGUUCCGAGUGUAACAGUACCUGCAGGAGCCUCUGAAACCGGAUUUUCAGGGGGUGCGGGAGGUUUCAGCGCAGGUGGUGGAGGUGGAGGAUUCAGCUCAGAUGACAGUGGAAGCUUUACUGCAAGUGAUGACUCUGGAGGGUUCGCUACAGGGACCAGCGGAGGCGCAUUUAAUACAGGAAGCGGAUUCGGUAAUGGAGGCUUUGCCACUGAGACCGGAGAUGAUAACGGUGGAGCUCCAGCUGCAACAGGGUCUCCCUUUGGUGAAUCCAGCAGCGGAGGUUCGAGCUCCAGUGGAGGUUCUAACUCUGGAGAUUCAAGCUCAGGAGGUUUAUCAGGGGGAUCUAAUUCAGGCUCCAACUCGGGCUCCAGCAAGUCAGGCCCGGUCGCAGGACAGGGAGGAACAUCAGGAUCAGAUAGUAAGGCCAGUGGAGACCUCCCAACAGCAAAACUAUCCAUGCGUUCGCUUUAUAGUGGAUUCGGGUUCAUUUCGAUCGUUACUCUAUUUGUGAUUUUUUAA